GUCGAGAGAAUUGCCGAAAAGUGAUUUGUUUACGAAAUAAGACUGAGUAAUAUCAAGAUUUGAUGUCGAGGGAAAGCUCUAGGAUACCCCGGAACAUUGAACUAAAGACUAUAACACCAUUUGCAUCUUCAGUCUAAUCUUCUCGCUUCUUCAAUCCACAAAGAAGAGCAAUCAAGAUACCUGCUAAGAGUCUAGGAUUGGCAUUGUUGGAAACUAGAACUGCGACCACCCGAAGUAAAUAACGGUCACGAGUUCGGUCAAAUUUGUGCUGUCCAAACUUUUAUCACAUAAGUCCGACGGGCUCUCAUGACGGACGGAUUAUAUUAUCAACUCCGAUAAUUCCCACAAGAAUCAUGGGAGGUUGCGGCUCUCCAGCUUUGAUCAGCUGCUGUCUACUCUUUGCCUGCCUUUGCCUGACCAAGCAGUUCUCUCUCUAUGUUGGCGCCCUCAAAGUUGACUCUGAAGUUGAUUGUGAAAUCGACAUAAACGACAUGCUUGACUAUGACCCGGUCACACAGACCAGCGCUCGAUGCGAGAGGAUGAAGCGGGAGAAGCAGAAAGCUAAAGAUCAAUGUCAGACAAAUUUAGAAGAUGCAACACGAAAGCUGGAGUCUUGUCUGACGGCCAGCGAUCACAAGCCAUGUGACUGUCCUCCACCUAUCGAAUGCCAGGAUGAGGUUCAACCUACGCCUUGUCAUGAUGCAGAAGAUAUGUUCUUUCGUCGUCUUGUACGUCACUUUGCCAAUGUCAUCCAAGAAAAGGCUCCAGAGAGCGGCCCAGUUGAAGCACAGAUUGAGGUCCACCUGACCAGUCACGAGUGGAAGAAACUCCAGAGCUUUGCCGAUGGUAAGGACGAGUACCGACGAGCCGACAUCCACGAUGUGAUGGUUGGCAUGACCAUAAACAUCUUCUACUUUAACCAGACAAGUGUCAUGGAAUGGCUGGGAGAACAGAUCAAUUUGAGGUCUCCUGCUGUCAUUUUGCUCACAGUUUCUGUCACAGUCCUGUGCAUAGUGUUUGGUGUGGGUAUGUACUCAGACCUCUACUGGAACCGACGCUUCAUCGCCUGCCUCCUUACAUCCAUGUUUGUCAUCAGUCUGAUAUGGAAUUGGAUUUAUCUCUACCAGGAAGAAACUAUCAAGCGUUACCGCAAUGCCCAGAAGUAUGAAAAGAUCCCUGCCAAUUGCAUGCCACAUAAGAUGACUUGGGUCCAGGCAUUGCAUGAAUGGUUCACUUCCAUGACAUCGAUCCGCACAGAUGAGUGUUUUGAGUACCAUAGGAUCUAUCAAGUGGAUCCCCUCUUUGAUAUACCACCAACUAGGGCUUUAUCCGUCACCGUCUCAUCGCUCUUUGUCGACAAUUUCAAAUACUUUGGUCGAGCCGUCAGUGAAUUUCACGCCGAGAUCUUCAAGGACCUUCCUUUCUGGGCAGCACUACCUGCCCUUGUGUCUUGCUAUAUAUUUGGUUUCAUUGCUCUCUACGUAUACAUAGCCGCACCAAGGAGGGUCCUGAGAGAGCGCCCUCAACAGGUGGUCAGAAGAAGAGACCAACCAGCUUUGGGAGCAGCCCAGGAGCGAAACUUACCGAUUGCUGAGCAUGAAGAGUAUGGUGACCUUGAUGGGGAUGAUGGAGAAGGAAACAGGAUAGAAAAUAUCCGACCGCCAACUCUACCUGCAGCUCGGAAAGGAAAGAAGGAACCUCCCAGGAAACAAGGUUCUGCUCAAAAGACACCCCCUGGCAGCCAACAUCUGCCUCAAGGAGCAGUCAGGGGUCACACUGAUGAUCACCCAUGGGGUAUCAGAAGAGAUGGUCAAGUCGACAGCUCUCAAGACCAAGUUUUAUUUCCAGGUGUGAAGAGGGGUGAGCGCCUAGUCCAAGAGGAAAGGGACUAUGAAGUGGGACCAAGUGGUUUAGGUCCUGCAGUUAGACCAAAGAUCAGUCCUCUUCGAUCUGGGCAAACCUUCCAGAAUCCUGCAGAUAAGAAUGAUGCAGACACAAGCAGCUCAGACUCUAUAGAGGCAGAUGAGCCAACACCUAGACCAAGAGACUUUGUUAGUAAUAGGCCUUCCAGGCAGAAGACACCGGUCAAGAGAGCAACAUCUAUUGGCGAUUGUCAGUCUGGUAACUUGGUCAGCCAUCCUGCAUCAGAGAGGUCUGAUGGGGAAUCCUUGAUGAGUUCAAUGAAUGAGUCGUCCCUUAAAGAGCCAGAGGCCAGUGUAGCCCUUCCGAGAGAUACCCAUGGAGGACACCUGGCUUCCGCUCCUGAUGAGGAAACCACAGAUUCAUCCAACCUUCCCACGGGAUUCACCACACCGUCCUCCAUAGGUAGUCCUGAUGACAUCUCGGUGAUCAGCCAGUCACCUGAGAACACCAACAGUGCCUCCUACGAUUUCAUCACCACUAGCAGCUUCGGUCUUCAUGGUGAACAAACUCACAACCCAGAGGCGGAUCAUGGUGCUGAGUUUGGUGAGGAUGAGGAUUUUGAAGAUGAUUUUGAGGUUCUGAAGAUUGAGAAAUGAUGUACAUCCCUGUAGUUCAAAUCCCAGGAGCAUUGCUACAAUGACCCCCCCCCCCCCUCCCAUGACAAAAGGGCAUAACUGACAAUUCUGUGUUUUUGAGAUAUUGAGGAAGAUGUCAUUGGGUUCUGUGUAAAAAUUUGAUGUUUCCUUUUAACAUGUUGAUUAUGAAACAGAGGGUCUUUAUACCUGGCAGAAACUGAUCCCCCAUAUUUUCAAGUCUUGUGUCAAUCGAAAACCUGUGUUGUAGGUUAAUCAGCCAGUCUCCAAUAUUUUUUUUAUUUUUAAAAAUAUUUUUGAGGUGAGGGUCUGUAGGAUAAACACAAGACACUGAAUCAACCUCCUCUAAAUGAUAAUUCAUUUCAUUUAAAAUAUCAGUCAUGUUCUUUUCAUAGGCAGGCUGGGGAGGGGUUGGUAGUACAAUGCUGUAGUGGUACCUGUGCAUACCUGAAUGUUAAAAAUUGUCGCAAAUCUCAUGCAAGGUGGCGAUGAUGAUUGGAUUAAUUGUUUGAUUUCAAUAUCUACAUAUAUGUUGUAUAAUGAUCUUCUUGGUAAUUAAACAGGCACAUUUAGGCUUCCAAAUCUGCAAUUUUACCUAGAUAUCUAUCACCAAAGAAAUUGUAUCCAAGUAUUCUAUAUUCUAACACCAUACAAAGUCAAAUACAUCUCUCCAACAGGUAACAUAAUGAAUAUUGAGUGUGUGACAUCAAAUUUCUCAUAUCAACCAUGUUUGAAAAUAAUUGUUUGGUGACAUUACGUAAAGCUUUGAAAUGCUGUAAUUUUCCUAUUUUACAUCUGAUUUUCAGUUUCAGUUUGGAUUAUUUUCAUGUAUAUAUCACAGUAUAAUAUUCAACAAGAAAGAAUGAUGCAUUAAUAAUCAAGUGAUACAUUACAAUAAUUCAAUAGAAAUGAGACAAUGGUAAUACCAUUUGAAAAUUGCAGAUAGGAGACAGAUAUAUGGGCAAUUCCAUAGGUCGGUGGACAUGAGCUCAAUGUGUCUUUGUACAUAUAGCCCAUCUGAACCGUAACGUGAGGCGGUGAGUAACCACUUUAUCUGCACCCCUAGUAAAAACAAUGUGUUCUUUAUUUUUUUAAUUAUAUACAAAUUUGUCUCCCUAAUAUACUUCUUUGAAAUGGAUAUAAUCAACUUUCAUAAAAGCCUUGCAUGAGGACACUUCACUUAUGUCCACUUUUCAUUUUAUGCAUGUCCAAAUCAUGUAACAUGAGUAACCGACACAUUUCAAAGAUUUGCCAGGAGCAUAAUGAAAUUUCCCAAGUUUUGUUUUUAUACAAAGGAUAGUCAGACUGCGUACUAUGUUGUUAUAAAGAGAUGUUUAGUUCCUAUCAAUGAUAAUGGAGCUACAGCUCCAAGUAUGAGUCAAGGUGUCUCCAAAUGUAACGUGAGUAACUGUGGAAUAGCCCAUAUGAUGAUUAGGAUAUAAAGGAUAAACUAUUUAAAAAAACAGAGCUUGUUUUAUAUAUAGUUUUCCUAUGAAUAACUAAGUGGUAUUGUCGAUUUGAUGAAAUUGUCAGGGCUAUGUUUGGUUCAUCUCUGUUUAUUCAAAGUCAGCAUGUUGGGAUGGACUUGACCUUUAAUCAGGAAUUUCUAGAUACAUGUACCUGAAUUUUGUUGGUGGUACACAUGAUGCUGAAGUGCAUUUUCUGUUGCAGAAUUUAUUUACACUAUAUUGCAAAUAGAGAUAGCCAGUAGGGCCAUACAACUCAGAUUUUUUUCCAUAAGCCCUUACAAGGUACCUGAUUUCACUCAUCUAAUUCGAAACUUGUUUGUUUCAUAAUGCUUUUGUACAAGUUGUGCCCUUAUUGUGUAUGUCUCUCCUUCACAUAACUUCUGAGAGAUUGGUCAACAAGAGUGCACUGAAUACCAUGCAUUAAUCACAGUUUUCUAUUUCAGAGUGGUUACAAACUCCAUUUAACAUUACAAAGAUAUCCCGGGAUCUCACUUGUAGAUCGUCUGAUUAAUUCUUGAAAUACCAGGCAUGGUGGCUCAGUGAAAGAGCGUCUGCCUCAUGAACGGGAGGUCAUGGGUUCGAUUCCCGGCCGAGUCAUACCAAAGAUGUAUAAAAAUGGGACCUUCUGCCUUCUUGCCAGGCAUUCAGCAUUUAGAUUGGAGAAGGGUAAUAAUAACAUAAUGUUAUGCCCGCUGGUAGAGCAGUUUCCUCACUGAAGUGGCUACCCUGGGUAAAUAUGACAUUAUUAUUAUUAUUCCCUGUGCUUGGGACUCGUUGUUCAGUUGAAGAUUUAUUUCAUCUUUCAAUUCUCACAGUGUGCUUUAUAAUCUAGGAAAAAAGUUGUUGUCGUCCCUCAAGGAACUUUUUUUCCCCAACACAUUAAUCUACAUCUGCCACUCUCCAUCCUGGUUAUAAAAAACCUGGGGAGCAUUUCAUGAAAGGACUUGUCAGACGUUUUAUCCGACAGUUACCACAGUAACAGUGCUUCUCAGCCAAUCAAAAUCCAGAAAAGUUGUCAGAUCUGACAACUUGUCGGACAAAAACGUUGAGGAAACGCUCCCCUGUAGUCUUGUCAUUGUUGUCUUCUAGACUUUGAUGAAGAUGCCAUUUAGGCUAACUCUUCAAACAUUUCCCCCAACACAGUUGUCCAAUGGCAAGACAUUGAUCUACAUUUGCCACUCUCUACCCAGGUAAUAAUACGCACCAGAGGGACACAAAAAAAAGAAUGAUAAUAUAUAGCAUUGAUUAAGAACCAAUUAUUUAGUUGCCUAUUCAAUGGCUCACUAUAUAUUACCCUUGCUUUAGAUCCAGCUGCUGUAUAAGGCACCUAAUUGGUGCAUUGAAGGAAUUAAUCCUGCCGUGUACCCAUUCACCUCACCUGGGAUGAGUAUAUAUAUCUAUAGCUGGAAGUCAAACCCCUUUACCCUCUGUUCCAAAGAUUAGAGACAGAACUACCAAACGACAUUGCUCCUAAAACUCCUAAAAACCUUCGAACACUUGAGUCACAGUUGGUUGGCAGGUUGGUUGGUAAGGAUUUUUUACCUGAUUGCUAAGAAAGCAUGAAUGCUUGUAAGCAAGCAACCAGAGGACCGACGGCUAAAGGUCCUCUCCGAAGGACCUGGUAAUGAGGAUUAAUGCCUUACCAAAGGGCACUAGCGCACCAAGUGGGAAUCGAACCCGGGUCACCGGAAUACGAAUCCCCCGCUCUACCGACUGAGCUAUCGCGCCUCGGUAGAGCUAAAGAUGCAGUGUAUUAUUGGAGUGCCAUCAGCCUUUUUGAAAAAACAUGUUGCCAUGUUCUUCUUAAAAAAUAUGAAGGCAAAAUAGGAACUCAUGAAAUAUAUGUACUUACAUCUUCAACCCGAUACCAGUAUUCCAGAAUAUGACUUUGAGUUGGUUAUUGCAAGUUGACCCAACUGACUUAUUCUUAUUUGAAUACUAAGAAGUGGAAAUCCUGUUUUCAUAAAUAUAGAUAUAUUAAAGAAAUAUCAGUGCUAUUCUACUAGGCCUAGUUAUUUAGAAAUAUAUAUGAGAAGCAAAAAGAUGGUAUAUGAUGCAAGAUUUGUGUGCAUCCAAGUUGUUGCAAUGUAGUUUAGAAGGAAAAUAUUCAUGUACCUUUCGCUUUAAUCAUAGAAAUGAGAAGAAAUAAAAAUUUCUCAUUCUGAAAUAUUUUUUCUGCUAAAAUUGAUAAUUUGCUUAUGAUAGUGGGCUACAGUGGAAUUCUGAACAAUGUAUACAUUUAUUCUGUAAAUCAACUUGAAAUCUUUGGUGCUUUUGUGUUACUACGCUGUUGCAUAAUACAGCAUACAGAUCUAAAGUGAGAUGCAUGAAUUCAUAUUUGUGAAUUCGGGGCAAAAUUGGUGAUGUUAUUGUGCAUUUUUCCUUCAAAAUAUGUAAUGUCUCUUUUGCAAUGCUGCAAAAAGAAUGUAAAGAUUCUUGUCCAAUCCGCAUUGUCAAUGAAGUUUUAACUGAUAUGAUCUAUCAUGCUUCAUUUAAUUUACUUUCUGGUUAAGAAUAUAUAUCCGUAUAUAGUAGCUGCACUUUACGAUACAAGUGCAUUUAUCAUUGAUAUAUUUUUGUAGUUCAUUGAGUAUGCUAUAUGUUCAUGUUUAAUAAUUUCGUUUAUCAUAUACUACAAACUGCAAUAUGAAAGAUAACUCAACUCAUGAUACCUGGGCCGGUAACAUAAAGCUUAGCGGCUGAUGGUGCGGCCGAUUCUACGAUUGAUGGCAUAGAUCGUUGAAAUAAUUAAGCACAGAAAAAAGCCCCACCAUCAUUUAAUAAGGUUUAUGUUGUGGUGCCCGUUAGUAUAAUUGUUUUUGACAAAUUCCAAAGGAUGAUGCCCCCUUCCCCCCCCCCCUACCAAAAAAGUGAAUAAACAAAUAGAGCCAAGAGUUAAUAUGAAAAUAUUAUUUUCAUCAAAAUUUUCUUGAAUAGUGUGAUAGUUGUCCUGCUCUCCUAUUUGUUUUAUAAAUCCAGAGCUGUUUGUUAUACAUGUAUCGUAUGAAAAUAAAAUCAUUAAUGUCAAAUUAA